AUGGAUCUGGAUAGCUUGCCACUGAUAUCUGGAAAGAAGGAAUCCAUCUUGGACAUUCGGAUCAAUGGUACCCCUAUCUACGGGCGUCGCAACAUUGGGAAAGUAAUCAAUGUAGCUUCGCUUACACCCAAUCCGGAUCGAGAGCGGAAGCUACGGGUCACCAAGGCCGGCAAGGUCAUCCAAGUCUACCCCCCUACGCUGAUAAAGAUUCAGUGGAUUGACAUACAGGAAACCCAUCGCGCGGAGCUCCUCAAUGACCAAGAUUGGAAUGUUCGGAGUAACAUAACGAAACGGCUCAAACGGAAAGACCAAGCUUGGCUGGACGAGCAGAUUGGUGAGGCUGCCAAGGCACAAGACAACUCUUACGAUGGAUGGGCCGCGAAAAAAGGGAUUGAGGGUGAAAAAAGACCACCGACUUUCUUUCCGGGGAGGGAUGGCUGCACUAGCGAAACGCUGAGCGCAAAACAAGCCGCCAAGGCUCAGCGCGUCCGUAGUGCGACGAAUCAAAACGACGGGGCGCAAUCAAAUGAUGAACAGUCCCCGAACACAAAAAAGCGAAAAGCGGAUUGCGGGAUCGAGCCUCCGGGCCAAGAUCGCCGAAUGAAAUUCCAGCACAUUCCGAACCCGCCCAGCAAGCUCAUCGACUACAAUGCAUACCUUUUGACUUGCAUGAUGGAUCAGAAGCUUACUCACGACAAGCUCAACGAUGAUCCGGAGGGGUAUAAAGUGGCAAUGGAUAAGAUCGAGAUCGACUGGGAGGAAUACAAAAAAUUGAUGCUUCAUAGUGGCUACGAGAUACGCCCGGGAGGCGACCGAAAGACACAAGCGUAG